UUACCCCAUGGCAUCAGCAAGAUCUUCAUAUCCAGUCAAGAUUGUUUUGAACAAGCAGAGGAGUAACUCACAGUGGAGAGAUGGAGAGGACUCUCAACCCCAGCCUACAGAUGUGGAGCAGAGAGUAGAGACUGAACCCAUACUGAUCAAAGAUGAGGAGACAGCAGAGGAUGUGUGGAAGACUGACCCUCAAGAAGAGCUCAGGAUCACUGGAGAGGAGUCUGGUUCCAAGCCUGGGCAACCACCAUCCUUUGAGCAACGGCACUUUGAGGACUUCAUCACACAACCCAACAUAUCUCCUGAAGACUCAGUGGAACAUUACCCCAAUUCUGAUGGUCCAGAGGAACCAGACACACCCCGGCUCACAUCUACAGACGUGUUCAGCACAGAGCAGCACGGGCCAGAUGAGGACUCACUAGAGCUAGUGAUGGUGAAGGAUGAGAAAGAGGAGGAGCUGGAUCAGACCACGGCCCUGGCAGGACCUGACCAGUUUGUCAUGGAUGAGACUGAUGGGCAGCUGUGGACCUCUGUGGACCCAGGCAGAGACACUGACCCUGAUGGCCACCCAAUUUUCUCCUUUCAUGCGUCAGAAGAGUACUCUCAGAAUAUCUCAAUUUUCCCAUCUCACAGUGGGCUUCCAUCCCUUCCUACUAUGACAGAUGAUGUAUGGCCAUCACUUCACUCUAGAGGGAAACCACAUGCUAACAUGUUCAGUACAGCAGCACACAUGAAAAGACAUAUCAGGACAUUGGCUGAUGAGACUAGACAACAGAUGCCAGAAGGACAGAGUGGCGAGAUGCUGAACUCAAAUAAUGAUGGAAAUAGUUUAGAUCUACAGCCAAGGCAGCAUCAGUACAGGGCUUCAGAAUCAACAGUGAGAAUGAGUGAGUGCAUGACAGGGUCAAACAUGGCCACCACCUCCACCUUCUCUGGAUACAGCCUGAGUCGCAGUAGUUUUAACAUGGUGAAGAGAAUGAGGACUCGGUGGAGGUCGGGCGGCACCACUGAGAAGCGUUUCAGAGAGAAACCGCACACCUGCGAACAGUGUGGCAGGAGUUUCACCAAGCAGUGGAACCUCAUCAGACAUGCUGUGGUCCACAGUGGGGAGAAGCCAUACGAGUGCACACAGUGUGGGAAAUGCUUCACCCGGCGCUCCAGUAUGAAGUCACAUCAGAGAACUCACAUAGGAGAGAGUCCAGUGUCUCAAAAUGUUGUACCCCGAUACCCCUUGGAUCCACACACAAGUGUUAUGUUGUCUCAGACCAGGUGGAACUAAUAGGGACAUAAUUGCAUACUUUCUAUGUGAAAAUGUUGUACAGAAGGUAUUUAGAAGGUACAGAGACAUUUUACAAUAUUUUUCUCCCAAUUGAUUUGUGAAAUGCUUUGUCUGUUGAUGGCUCUUCACUUUCAUUUUA